UUCACGCUAUUCGAUCAUGGGGUCAAACAGGCAAAUCGAGUGUAUAUUUUUUAGUGAAUUUCAUCCAACUUUAGGUCCAAAGAUCACAUACCAGGUACCUGAAGAGUAUAUUUCAAGGGAAUUGUUUGAUACAGUGCAAGUUUAUAUUAUCACCAAACCUGAACUACAGAACAAGCUAAUUACAGUGACUGCAAUGGAUAAGAAGCUUAUUGGAUGUCCUGUGUGCAUAGAACAUAAAAAGUACAGCCGAAAUGCCUUACUCUUCAAUUUGGGUCUAGUGUGUGAUUCUAGAACUAAGACGUGUGCCCUGGAACCCAUAGUCAAGAAGCUGUCAGGAUAUCUUACAACAUUAGAGCUUGAGAGUGGCUUCAUUUCAAAUGAGGAGAGUAAACAGAAGUUGUUGCCUAUUAUGUCUACAUUACUGGAAGAGCUCAAUGCAACAGGAGCCUGCACCUUACCUAUUGAUGAGUCUAACACAAUUCACCUGAAGCUGAUUGAGCAGAGGAAAGAUCCCAUGAUAGUGCAGGAAUAUGAUGUUCCGGUUUUCACUCAAAAUAAGGACCACUUCAUCAAGUCCCAGUGGGAUCUCACUACUCAGCAGAUCCUGCCCUACAUUGAUGGGUAUCGACACAUACAGAAAAUCUCUGCUGAGGCUGAUGUUGAGCUGAACUUGGUACGAAUCGCCAUUCAGAACUUACUGUAUUAUGAUGUUGUAACACUAGUGUCAAUAUUUCAGUACUCCAAUGUUUACUGCACUACACCUAAAGUCCAGAGCCUAAUAGAUGAUAAAUCUAUUCAGGAAGAAUGCCUACAUUACAUCAAUAAACCAGGACAGAGAGCGAGUCUCAGGGAUGUUUUCCAGCUGUAUUGUGGUUUGACUCCAGGAACUACAGUUCGUGACCUGUGUUCCCGUUACUCCCAGCAGCUACAGAAGGUGGAUGAGAGGAAGUUGAUCCAGUUUGGCUUGAUGAAAGGCCUGAUUCGCCGUCUACAGAAGUAUCCAGUUAAAGUUGUUCGAGAUGAGAGGAGUCGCCCUCCGAGACUUUAUACAGGUUGCCAUAGUUAUGAUGAGAUCUGCUGCAAGACUGGAAUGAGUUACAAGGAACUGGAUGAACGCUUAGAAAAUGACCCCAAUAUUAUAAUCUGCUGGAAGUAAUACAAUAUGACGGUAUAACCUAAUCUUGUUUACAUCAACAUGUGUAUCUAGUACAGCUGAGGCCCAGACCACCUGUGUCAAAGCAUCACACUACUAAACUCCAAAAGCCAGAAACACAUAAGCAGAUAUGCCAUUCCAUGGCCUUUGCAAAUGUUUUUGGUCUUAACCAUUUGAGAAACCUGAGAAAAUACAGCUUACUGCUUUUAGGGGUGAAUGGACUUGUUGUCUUACCUGUGUCCCUAAUUGGUCAGGAAACAGAAGGUGGCUGAGGUUGCUAUACUAUGACUUCUUAUGACAGUAAUUUGGGCUGCUUGAGAGGAUGAAUGUGCCUUAUUGUCUAAAAUCACUGGGUGAAAUGUAGGAAGUAACGAAUAAACUAAUUUCUUUUCACAUA